AUGCCGAGACAUCCGACAAGUAGUCGUUCCCGAUCUGCAAGUACUAGGUCUGCAAGUACUACCCCUAGGUCAAGUGAAGCUAACUGGACGAGGGCUUUGCUCAAUUCACAAGGGUCUCCAUCAACUGAUGGUGAUCACGCUGCUGCAAGUCCAAGUGAAGGGAGUCAUCGUGUGUCUUCUUCAAAUGGUGAUCAUUCUCCAAUCCAUGGAAAUGGGAAUCAGGCUGAGGUAAAUGGAUGGCAUGAGGCUUUUCAUCAAGAAAAUAUUGAAGCUGACAAUACCGAGGAAAACAGGAUUAAUGAUGAUCACCUUUUGGAAAUUCAAUUCAAUGCUCUGGAACAACCAAUAGAGGAUGGUUCUGAGAAAUAUGCUACCACAGUUGGAACGAUAGCCAGGAAUAUUGUCCCACCAUGUAUUGAGGAUUGGAGGUCUGUUCCAUGUGGUCUCAAGGAAGAAAUCUGGAGAGUCAUCAAGAAUGAGUACAAGGUACCUGAAGUUAUCAAGUGUAAGGCGUUGAGGAUGGAAAAUAAGUCAUGGAAGAACAUAAAGACAAUUUUAAAGAAAUGGUGUGACCGAUUUUCUACUGUUGCCGAAAGAAAGAACAAUAGACCACAAGGUGUGAAGAGCGAUGAUUGGGAGAAAUUUGUGAAAAUGCAUGAUUCGGAAGAAGAUCAGAAACUAAGGGAGAUAGGUAAGGAAUCAAAGAAGCUACUCAAGGUUUUGCAUACAACUGGAAGAGAUGGCAUUGCACGUCGUCGUCAUAUUAUGGAACAACAAAGUCCAACUGGCAGUGUGUCAAGAACUGUUGUAUACUUGGCAACAAAUGUUUACCAAGAAAUCCCUCAAGAAGCACUUGAUCAUAUAUUUUCUUUGUUGGUUUUCCUUGUAGUUAUGUUUUCCACUUAUACAUAUAAUCUGAUGUACAUUGAAGACACGGGUAAGAGAGCUGCAUGA